AUGACACGAGUACCUCUUCAAGCACGGCCGUCCAGGAGUACAGGAGAAACUCGGGAACAAACACAGCCCUCGCAACCGGAAAACAUCCCAGUUGAAGCCGGAGAUGGGCCAUACACCAGCAUCCGAGUCCGCCGGUCCAUUCGAACCAUGAACGCGGCGUACGACUGGACCGGCCCCGACGACCCGGACAACCCACGCAAUUUCCCACUGUUCGUCCGCCUCCUCAGUGCCUUUUCUGUCACGGGCCUCGCAACCGUUGCCACCGUCGCCGGAGCCAUGUAUGCACCGGCCCAGGGCGACGUGGCAUCCAAACUCAACUGCAGCCAGGAAACGGCCGUUCUCCCGCUGUCCAUGUACAAUCUCGGUCUGGCGUUCGGCCCCUUGGUCGGCGCUCCGUUGUCUGAGACAUAUGGCCGGAAGGCAGUGUUUCUUGUGACCGGCCCCAUCUUUGCUGCCUUCAUGUUCGGAUCAGGAUUCAGCGCGACGUUGACUGGUCUGAUAGCUUGCCGCUUCUUUGCGGGCAUGUCCUCGUCUUCGCUCAUUAACAAUGCACCGGCCACGAUUCUAGACUCUGCAUCCGGAAAACUACGUGGUGUAAGUCUGAGCAUAUACUACACCAUGCCGUCCUUUGGAGCCGCUUUAGGUCCGUUAUUGGGCGGGUUCAUCGUCCAAGCUGGCGAGUGGCAAUGGACUCAAUGGACGGCCGUCUUCAUGGCCGUUGGCUUUUACAUCCCCAUGUGUUUUGCGCCAGAGACGUACAAGAAGGUUAUUUUGAGAAGACGUGCCAUCCGCCUCGGACUGGACACUUCUUCGCAAAGGACGUCGCCUGGUCGAGCGUUUCGAUACUUUGCUACGGUGCUGAUUCAGCGGCCGCUGCACAUGCUGUUCACGGAGCCCAUUGUUACGCUGAUUAGUUUGUACAACGGCUUCCUGUACGGAUUGUUGUACACAUUCGUCAUUGCUGUGCCUUGGAUCUUCCGGGAAGGGUACGGAUUCAGCAAAACGGGUGAAUCGCUAUCGUACUUGGGUUUGAUGAUUGGUGCGCUGGCUGCGUCGGGGCCUCUGGUUUUCAUUGACGCGAAGUACUACCAGAAGCGCUUGAAUCAUUGGCGGCAAAGUCAUCCUCCCAACGACGAUGGCGUGGAGGAACCCCUGCCCUCGGAGCACCGGCUCAUUGGCGCAAUGAUUGGAAGCCUCCUUCUACCGGCGGGCUUGUUCAUAUCGGCGUGGACGGCUCAGUACGAGGUUCAUUGGACAGUGCCCAUCAUCUUCCAAGGCUGUGUGAUGCUGAGCUCCCUGCUGAUUUAUGCCAGCGCCACCAUGUUUAUGCUCGAUGCCUACGGUCCAAUGUACGCGGCGUCGGCUUCUGGUGCCAUGAUGAUGAGUCGGUAUCUGCUGAGUGCUGCGUUCCCCUUGUUUGCUUUGCAAAUGUACAAGGCUCUCGGCGUGGGCUGGGCAACAAGCGUGCUGGGCUUUGUUACCGUGGCCAUGGCUCCGAUUCCAUGGGGUUUCUGGGUGCUUGGAGAGCGAAUCAGAAGACGCAGCAAAUAUGAGACGAGCAUGUAG